UCUUGAACCAAACAGCGCACAACAGAGCGCCUCGGACUCGUUUGGUCGCGUGCUGCUCUAUCGGAGGGGAUUAGCUGUUCGUGCAGAAAUUUCCGUCUUGUUCAUAGAGCCUUACCAGCGUGCUGGACAUGCGCUAUCCGUUGGUUUCAUCCGGACACUUUUGAAACGAGCCACCCGCCUCCGCCCGGGAAAUUAGACGAUCAAUGUCUUCCUGAAGGCCUAAGAUCUAAGCUUGUACCUAUCCGUCUGCCUAACAAAAGCGCGGGACAUUCUCGAACGCUUCCAUAUCGCGUCCACCCGUCCCCCUUUCACAGCGACAACACCACUCUUCCCGCCUGACACGGCCCGUUCACAAAUAAUUUCCGGCAUGCCAGUGGCUCCUACGCGUCACUUUGGAUAACAUGGAGAUCGAUGAGCCUCAACACUUUCAAUUCAGUACUCCACAGGCAAGCAACAGCUUCAAACGCCCACGUCGCAGUGUACAAGGCUCCAUGCCUUUAGGAAGCGCGAUCGAGAGCGUAUCACCGUCGCCUCGUCACCAUGGCCACACACAUCUUGCGCCUACAGUCAUCGAUCACAUACAUGGACUGAAGCAUCUGGACGACCAACAGAUCCUCCUGUUGCUUCAGGCGGCGCGUAAUGGAGAUGGUAGACGCCCCUCAGGACCCGAUCGGUCUUCGAUAUCGACCAUGGGAAGUCGCGCAUCGUCGUACUUGAGCGUACCGUCGAGCAGAGUACCCGGCAUGUUCUCCGAUCAUCGAUCCUCGGUUGCGUCAACAGACUCGUCCUUCACGCAUUAUAGCGCCGCGUCCUCGCGGCUGUCCACCGCCUCCUCUCGCUUGUCUAUGAUAUCUACGGCCUCGACCCCAGCACCAAAGAACUUUGCCUGCACAUUCUGCGACAAGGCCUUAAAAUCCAAGCCAUACUGGAAAUCGCACGAGGAGGAGUUCCACGAGCAGAGGCUCACAUGGCGCUGUCCAGACUGUGAGCAGAUAUUCCACGCUGGGAAACGCUUUCGAGAACACCAUACCAAGCUACAUGGCUGUGAACAUUGCAAACAACCACGAGAAAGUGGGCAACCCACCAGUAGAAAAGCAUCUCCAUGCGUCAAGAGAUACGAAAUCGUUAUGCAUGACAAAGAUGCAUGGGGCUGUGGCUUCUGCUGCUCUUUACUGACCACCUGGGAGGAACGCUGCGAACAUAUUGCGUUACAUUUUGAAGAGAAAGGGAGCUCGAGAUGGAACUUCACCAAUGUCGUCCUCGCCUUGUUAAAACAGCCCGAGGUAGGGCAUGCAUGGAACACACUACUGUCACGACGACACGGAGAGGACUCACAGCACUGGCCAACAUUAACGUGGGAACCAAAGAAGUGCAACCGGUUGAGGUACAAGCUGGAGACUAAGUGGGAUACUCGGGCUUUCGACCUACAAAAACUCGUACAAGACACGUAUGACUUGGCCGAAAUCGAAGCGAAGGACAUCAUUGAAGAUUCGCCAGAGUCUACACCCGAGGUCUCAGAGGCGAAUAACAUCGCCCAUAGCGAAAUCGUCGAGUUCAAAUUGGAAUCAUCUGAUUUCGGGAACAAUCACAGACUCCCGAGCUCACAUGGGCUUUCGCAUGACACUUCGAUGAUGGACCUGGACGAACCUGCGCAAAACAUGCAUCACCAGGGGAUACACCAACCCCAGUGGCCUGUAAACGCGGAUAUGUCGCAGACCAGCAUGACUGUGGACUCCGGUAUGGGUGCUUUUGUAGGAUACCAUCCCAACAUGACCGGCAUGUCUGGGGAGUUUGCUCAGCCUGUUGUGACACAGCCUUUCCAGCAGCAACAGACCUGGCCAAACACUGGCUACGUAGCGACUCCGGAUCUUAUGAACUUCCAGCAAUCGACGUACAUGAACUACAAUCAACCCAAGGAAGUCAUUCAAGUACCUACAUCACAAUUCGCUACAUUUACACAAUACGCUCCGACAAACUUAGUCCAAUCCACUCCUCCGACUUCGAGAAGAUAUGUGCCAAAACUGGUUAAUAUUUCAGGUUCAAUCCACCGUAGUGCGCCACAAGAUCAACCACCCCCUCCCCCACCCAAGGACGAGUCACAACAGAACCGAUUUUCACGGAUGAUUAGACGGCGUACAAGUCAACAAAAUAUCAAAGAAACGAGUUGGCAUGGCGAACUUCAAUGGGGCUAAAGAUUUCAGCCAAACCACUCCUCCUACACUCUUUAACCCAAACCAACCCCCUCACUGAGAAAGUGACCCCGAACCUCGUGUCCAUCGCGAGCUACACGUCACCGCAACGGAGCCCCAAUUUCACUAUUCUUCAAUAUUUCCUUGUGUUUUCCAAUCAAUAACGGCGAGCGAAAUGGCAGCAAGGUAUACCCAUAAUGCAGCGUUCUUCAUGCUUGGUUUUGGGCUUUCUGGUGUUUUGCAUGCUCCAAUUUCCUAUGUUAUGUAUCUUAAGCGUAGCUUCUUGCACCUAAUACCCCUUUUAUCGCAUCGCGACUGAGGCAAGCAUCUGAUGUACAUGGUAAUGAGGAUGGAAAGUCUGGGGUACGGGGCCAGUCGGAUAAGAUAGAUAAAAUCACUUUAUUGUUCCCU